AUGCGCAUAUUGGCGCUGCUGGUGGCGGCUGCCAUCGCCGUCCCCGCACUAUCCAGUGAUGUUGACCCCUGCAAGCGGCAACCCUUCCGAGGCCGAUGCCCCUCAAAGGACGGCGCCUCGCAGACGAGAUCCCAGUUCGUUUUGCGGUACUACAUGCGUGAUUUCGAAUGCGUAUCCUAUCCAUACGGCCACUGCGCUAACGACGAUUCGGAGCCGCGGCUUUUCCGUUACAAGGAGGAAUGCGAGGAUGCUUGCCUGAGCGGACCCGGAAAUCUGGGAACCCCGAAGGAGACCAAAUCUUCGGAAGCCCCGGAAACGACCAGCUCGACGACGCCGACCACGACGACCACCACGGAAUCCGAGUCAGAAUCCGAGGAAUCCAACGAAUCGACUGAAGCACCCCGAACUGAAUGCGAGCGUCGUCGUGCCGCGUCUGGAAGCGGAGGCCUUGUCCGCGGUGGCUGGAUCCCAGAAUGUUCUCCAGAAGAUGGAUCUUUCGAAAAGAUGCAAUGCGAACCGAAUGGCCACUCGUGCUUUUGUGUCGAUCAUCGGGGAAUCGAGCUGCCGAACUCGCGGAUGCGCAGCGGAAAGCCCGACUGCGAGAGCAUCGCCACAGCCGGCGCUCCACGCACCAAUGAAUGCCAGGGCGGUCCCGUGCCUGGCCCGUGCUCCACCUCACUACAAAGGUGGUACUACGACGAGUCGGCGAAGAAGUGCAAGACGUUCCAUUAUUCGGGAUGCGGCGGAAAUGGAAAUAACUACGCGACGGAACACGCGUGCCACGAUCGCUGUGCCCCCGUUGCCCAAGUGGCCCCGAAAUGCGAGAGAGGCGAGCCUUUGAAAACCGUGACUGGCGCGCCGAUCAACUGCGCGAAGCGCGAUUGCCCCUCCGGCUACGAGUGCUCCACCGUACAGGGAAGCGCCGUCUGCUGCCCACAGAACGACAAGACUGUGGGAGCCCUGGAUUCUGGACGACCGGCCGUCGGCGGUGACGUCUGCCAGAUGCCAAAGGAGCGAGGACCCUGCGAUCACUACGAGCUACGUUUCUACUACAACCCCGACAACAAGGAGUGCAAAUACUUCUUCUACGGCGGUUGCGAGGGAAAUGGCAACAAUUUCGAGAAGGUCGAGGACUGCGAGCAGCGAUGCAAUGUUACACGCGCGCCCCGUUUCGGCCACAUCUCGCACCCGCUGAACGCCAACCAGCCUCUGGGUACGGUACCCGGAAUCCGUGUCACUACCACUACUGCUACGACUACGCGACGCUCCGCCACUACCACCACCGCCAAGCCCACUACGGCCGCUAGGACGAGUACCCACCCGCCGACGACCACGACGAAGGCGGCGCCCCUUCAGAAGCUGUUCACCCUCAAGCCCGAGAUGCCCGACGCCGAUUUGGCUCUGCUCGAAGUGAACCGUUGCAAGCACCCGCGCGACGUCGGAACGUGCCGCGGCCAAUUUGUCCGCUGGUUCUUCAACACGGAAAGUCUGGAAUGCGAGGUAUUCACCUACUCUGGAUGUGCCGGAAAUGGCAAUAACUUUGCUACGCGUGAAGAGUGCGCACUGACCUGCUCGCGUCUGGCCCCUACUACCGCCCAGCCGCUGCCUGAUACCGUACCCCCAGAGGUGGCCAACGUGUGUCUGCAUGACGUUGAUGCCGGCGAGUGCAAUGGUGUUUUCAAGCGCUUCGCCUUCGACGGUGAGACCGAGAACUGCCGUCCUUUUACCUACGGUGGAUGUGGAGGCAAUGGAAACAACUUUGCCACCAUCGACGAGUGCGAGCAAAAGUGUCACGGAGUUAAGCUGCCCAAGGGUGUCGAGCCCUCAAAGGUGCACACCGGAGUGACGACUGAUGCCCCAAUUCCGCCUACCAUUAAUGUGUGCGAUCAUCCGGUUGAUAAGGGACCUUGCGCCGGGACCUUCCAGCGUUUCGCCUUCGACCAGCUGACCGGUGACUGUCUACAGUUCACGUACGGAGGAUGUGGAGCCCCCAUCCCAAUCAGUGCCCAGUGCAAGAAGCUGAAGUUUGACAUUGAUGUCAAGCAGUGCACUGUUCCAGAAUCUUUGCUGCGUCACCGAGGCCGAACCACCCCGCCCUCCAUCACCCGAUCACCGCCCGGGCCUCGCGCCAGCUCCAACCACCAAUUUGAGUCGCCGAUGACGAUGACGGAGAAAUGCCUGCAGCCGGUCGACCCGGGACCGUGCAGCCACUUUGUCGAUCGGUACUUCUUCGACCCGGCCGACGGACAGUGCCAUCCAUUUAAGUACGGAGGCUGCGCCGGCAACCGUAACCACUUCUUCACGCUCCGCGAGUGCGAGAUCCACUGCGCCCGGUUUAGCCGUUUUGUUGCACCCACCUCUGUCGAGCAGCCAUCCGCAUCCACUCCACUCGGCACCAAAAUACGCCUCGGACGUGUCUUUUCGGAAGAAGAAGACGAAGAUGAAGAUGAACAAGAAGAGGAAGUCGUUGAUGAACCCCUUCAGACCCCUGAUCGACGCCCGGUUGCACCCCCUGGCACGCAAUUCGGUUCUCGCAUCUCGAUUAGCACCACAAAGGGCACCACCAGGCGCGUUAGCACGACCACAACUCGAAGGAGUACGACUACAACUACCACGACCUCUUCGACAAGUACAGAGGAAGAGGAGGAGGAAUCUGAAGAAGUUCAGGCUCCUAGGGCCUCGAGGCCGAGCCUGGCUACUGCUGCUCCGAAGGUGAGCACGACCGGAGCGGCGGUCAAGUCCGAGGAGUUGGAGACGGUCGAGGAGUCGGAGGAGGUCGAGGACGAGCCGAAGGUCGAGCUCAAGCAGUCCCUAGAGAAAUCGGAAGACAAGAAUUUUGCAGAGCUCCCAAAAUCUGUGACGAGCAUAAAGUCCGAGGAGGUCGAGGAGUCUGUAGAUGAGCCGGAGGAUGAGAAGAAGAGGGUUUUGAAGGAGGACGAGGUUCCGGAGCAUGAAAAGAGCAUCUUAAAGGGACGUGGAAGUCUCGAGAAAGCUGCAUCUGAGGAAAACCCCGUUCAAAAAGUGCAGGAAAUUCCGGAAAAAAUUUUAAAGGCCCUCGAAACCCUCAAAAAAUCCACAGAAACCCUUGAGGAAUCUGAGGAAUCGGGUAUGGAACCUGCCGAAGUCCUCGAAACUGACCCGAUGACUAUCGAAGAGCUGGCCGCAGCCACCCAUAAAGAGAGCACCACCCCAUUGAGCACGAGCACCACCCCCGUUAUUCUAGUCCCGAGCACCACACCUGCAGCUGUACGCAACGCUACCCUGCACGCGGUGCGCAUCCUCCCCAAAAAGCCCACCACCACCGCACCGCUCUUUAUCGAGCAGGGCGAGAGAGAGCACGAGAAGGAGAAGGAGCAAGAGAAUAAGAGCAGCACGGAGCAAAGGAUGCCUUCAGAAACGGUAGAUGUCGACCCUGAACAGCUGAAGAUGGAUGAGGAGGAUGGAGAUAUGGAUGAGAUCAAGCCCACGACCAGUUCCUCGUCGACGACCACCACGACUACCACUUCUCCCUCCACCACUACUACAACCACCACCACCCCGAGGCCCGUCCCAGUGCACCCAGAAGCUGCAGGCCGCGAGCCCGUUCCCCUGGCCCCGGUUGGCAUUGGCCGAUCGAUGGAGAGCUUGGAUCUGGAUAGAAUUGCGGAGCCAACCCUAUCCACCACCCAGCAGCCACCCCGCCCCGCCCCUGCCGCCAAGCCCGUUCAACAGCCACUCGUCAACCCGGUGAUCGUGUGCGCCCUCCCCCCGGAUGCUGGCCACUGCAAGGACUACGUCCCGAGAUGGUUCUUCAACGCGGAAUCCGGGCAGUGCGAGCAGUUCUCGUACGGAUCGUGCGGCGGCAAUGCCAACAAUUUCUUCGAUCGCGCAACCUGCGAAGUCGGCUGUAUCGCGAUGCAUCGGCCGAUGGGUGUUCUGAACAGGAUCCCGGAGCGCUGCGCCCACGAAAAGGAGCCCGGCUUUGGCGGCGGCUACAAUGUGUUGUGGUACUUCAACACGAAGAACCUGCGGUGCGAGCAGUUCAUCUACCAGGGAUCCGGCGGAAACCCCAAUCGAUUCGUCAGCAUUACCGCCUGCCAGCAUCAGUGCAGCUCCGAAGGACCCUUCGCCCAACCGCAGCCGCCCACCACACAAUCCACGCAAAGGCCCACCACCCAAAAUCCAUUGGAUUCGACGGAUGCCGUCACCGUACCAUUCGUCGCCACGCAGCCACCACAGCCCGUGCCCCAGGUACCGUAUUUUAAGGAUCAAUGGGACUGUAAUAUUCCACCGAAAAUGUCGAAGGAGGACAUGGAGAAGUUCGACAAAGAGUACAGCCACGAGGAGAUGGAGAAGGAGGAUGAGGAUGAGGACGAGGAGGAGGCCGAUGUCUCCGCUGACCAUCGAGCCCUUCUCGAGCCAAUCCCCGAUCAUGUCAAAUCCUUCGAAAAGAUCGAAGACGUCGAUCUGGUGCCCCCACCAUCAUCCCCAAUCGUUGGAGGCCUUCAGCACGAAACGCCCGGUGAAGUUGGUCAUCCUCCCGCUGUCCGCGGCGACAAGACCCUCAUCGCCCUCCAGCCCAACCAAAUCCCGGACAACUCGAACCCGCAGUACAAGGUCGAGCCUCUGCCAGUGGAAGGAACACCAUUGGGCCCGAACGCCAACCAGCCAAUCGUUGGCCCCAGCCCGCCCGAGUCGGUCAACUACCAAACCGGAGCCAAGCCGAAAGCCCACGGGAUCAACAGCUUCUCCGAGCUGAACGCCAUCGACAUCGACAAGUUCGACGUGCCGGAGGGGGCUGAAGGAUCAGAUGACACGGUAGAUGGAGGACAACUCGUACCCGCUUGCCCCAAUGGACUACAGGCACAUCGCUACGUGGAUGGCCGCCCAGUGCAAUGUCUGCCCGGCCGCAAUCAAUGCCCCGUCGAUUCGGUGUGCUAUUUCAACGGACUCGACUAUUUCUGCUGCCCUACCGUUGAGGAUCCCUAUGAUAAGCACAUCUUCGGCGGCUACGACGGCGAGGAGACGAAACAAGGAUACAAGCAGUUCGGUCCGCUCAAGAUUCGACGACUACGCGACGCUCCGAUGCGUGACAAGCGCUCUCUCCGCCAAAAGCGCCAGACGGCCUUCAGCAUGGACGACAUCGUGAUGCCGCUCCGAUUUGAUGCCGAGAAGCCCCGGCAAUUCGCCAGCGCCGCGGCCGUCAUGGGCACCUCGCAACGCCGCAGGAAACAACCAAGCAAAUGGUCCCCUCUCGACCGUGACGUCUCAAUUUGCAUCCAGCCCGUCCAGGUCGGCGACUGCCAUGCCCAGCAUUCUCGGUACUUCUACGAUCGCAACACCGACACUUGCCAACCGUUCUACUACUCUGGCUGCAAGGGAAAUGCCAACAAUUUCUUGAGCCUCGAUGAUUGCCAACGGCUCUGUGUCAUUGGACAGCGACGGCCAUCCGCCGCUACCUUAAUCGAGGAGGAAAAGCCAGUACCGGCCGGCCAAUGUCCCGGAGAGCAGCCACCACUUGGCGGAAAAUACCCAGUGCUGUGCGGCAACAAGAACGACUCGUUCGGCUGCCCAACCGGGUACUACUGCCGUGGUGGACCACCAGAUGUCUGCUGCCCCGGCCAGAACCCGGCUACCGUUAAAUUUGUGCCUACCGUGCUCGGUGCGAAGACUGACGUCCGCGCUUCGGUUGACGCUUCUGAAGAGGAAGAGGAGGUUGAAGAUGAGACCGUUACUGAGCAGCCAACUACCACUACAACUGCCGGCAAGAAAGCCUACCUCGAAGUCCCCGAAUUCAUUUGUCCGGAUGCGUCGGACCCUCUUUUCGGCCGUAAUGGUCGUCCCCUCCUCUGCGGUGCCGGCUUCGACGGAGUGAAGAUGUGCCCUCGCGGCUUCUACUGUGCCAUCGAUGCCGGUAGAGGAACGCGCCUCUGCUGCCCACUUCUCGGCUCGGCUUCUCGCAUCCCCAACGAACAGGUGGAUGCUCCAUACUUUGGCCGCCGUCAAGCUAACCCCGGAGAGGUUGUUGGCCGUGGCAGCCUUCCGGAAGACGCCAGCAGCUCAGCCGCCGCCAGCAAGGAAGAGGAGGCCGACUACACGGUGCCGGAAGUGACCGUCCAGGAGACGAGACUCGCCAGUGCUGCUGCUGUCCCCUCCCGCCCCACAAAGCCCGCGCCCCGUCAACCUGAGCCCGUCAACGAAGAGGGGGAAGCCGACGAGGACGAGUAUGAGGAUGAGGGAGCCGAGCAAGGAGACUUUGCCAAGCUGAAGAUGAAGCCCGAUCGCCCCGUCAACAAGGCACAGCAAAUCGCCAACUCCCCUGAAGUUGACGGCGUCCACAUCGAGAUUGAAUCGGAGACAGAUGUCGUUGACGCUGAAGCCCCAUCGGCCCUUCUCGGCUCAAAGGAACACCCCGAACACCGCGAUCUAUCCGAAUGCCAGCUCGCACCGUCCGUUGGCCGGAUAUGCCGCGAAGAUGAGCCGGCACCGCGCACCAACCUCCACUACUACUACUCGCCCAAGGACAAACGGUGCAAACUGUACUUCUACAAGGGCUGCGGCGGCAACGCGAAUCGAUUCGAGAAGAAGGCCCAAUGCGAGGAGGCGUGCGCUCGAGUC